AUGAUAAAAUUAUUGAAGUAAUUUUUAUUAAUAGGGAAUACUUAAAAAAUAAAUUUAAUAACUUCUUGUCCUAUUAUAAAUAACUAUAUACUAAAAGCAUCUAUAGUCUUAAGUGAGGUAUUAAAUGUCAAAACUAAGAGGAAAUAAAGAAAUAAUAAAUUAGAGAUAUUAUCAUCAUAUUUCACAAAAUUAUGGAAUGUAUGUUUAGGAUUAGUUGAAAAUAAGAUAUUAUUUUAUUAGAAAAUUCAAAUUAAAUAUUACAUAAAAAAUUACCAUGACAAAAUCGAAAAGUAUAUUAAUAUUAGAAUCAAUAAAUCGAUAUAAAUAUUUCAUGUUUUUAACACUACUACUGAACUAUAAUUAAUAAGAUAAGAAGGAAUCUAGAAACUAUUUCAAUGA